AUGUUCAUCUUCUCCGUUUCAUCUGCUUCCGAUCCUUUCUCAGAAGCACUAUUGAGCUUGAAAUCAGAGUUCACUGUUCCACCAGAUGUUUUAAACGAUUGGGUUAUCCCUCAAGAACAAAACCCAUCUCCAAAUAUUCAUGCUUGUUCUUGGACGGGUGUACAAUGCGAUCAAAACUCGACAAAAGUCAUCGGCUUAGACCUUUCUUUGAAAAAUCUCAGUGGGGUUUUAUCUGGGGUUCAGUUCAAUCAGUUUGUUGACCUAAUUGAUCUAAACAUAAGUCACAACUCGUUCUCCGGCGAACUCCCUAUCGGGAUCUUCAAUCUCACCAGCUUGAAAACCCUUGACAUUAGCAGAAACAAUUUCUCCGGCGAUUUCCCAAUUGGAAUAUCCAAUCUCCAGAACUUGGAAGUUCUUGAUGCUUUCAGCAACAGCUUCUCGGGAUCACUUCCGUCAGAUGUCUGUGAAAUUGCCUCUGUGAAAGUUCUUAACUUUGCUGGAAGUUAUUUCAGUGGACCCAUUCCAGGAGCAUACGGAUCAUGCAAAAGUCUCGAUUUUCUUCACCUCGCAGGCAAUUCUCUAACUGGGUAUCUACCAAUCGAGUUUGGACACCUUCAAACUGUCACUCACAUGGAGAUCGGAUACAAUUCUUAUCAAGGAAACAUCCCAUGGCAAUUUGGUAAUAUGAGUGAGCUCCAGUAUCUCGAUAUAGCCGGAGCUAAUCUUUCAGGUCCAAUCCCAAAGGAUUUAGGUAAAUUAACCAAACUUAACACACUUUUCCUCUUCAAAAACCAUCUCUCUGGUUUAAUCCCAGUGGAAAUCGGCAACAUUUUGACUCUUUCAAGCCUAGAUCUUUCCGACAACAUGCUUUCCGGCCCUAUUCCAGAUAGUUUUUCAGAUUUGAAAAGCCUAAAAUUGCUUAGCCUUAUGUAUAACGACAUGAAUGGUUCGAUUCCCGAGGGCAUCGCGAAGCUUCCAGAGCUCGAAUCGCUUCUUAUUUGGGAUAAUCUCUUUAGUGGCACACUUCCACAAGAAUUGGGCAAACACUCUAAACUCAUAUCUGUCGAUGUUUCAUCAAAUGGUUUUGUGGGUGUGAUUCCUCCCGAUAUAUGUUCACAAGGUGCGUUAGCGAAAUUAAUGCUCUUUUCGAAUUAUUUCACGGGUUCCCUUUCGUCAAUUUCCAAUUGUUCUUCUCUUAUUCGUAUUCGCCUCGAAGACAAUUCGUUUUCCGGUGAUAUAUCUUUGGAUUUCAAGCUUCUUAGUAAUGUCUCUUAUAUCGAUUUAUCUGGGAAUAGGUUUACCAAUGGGAUUCCUUCUGAUAUAUUUCUUGCUUCAAAUCUCGAGUUUUUUAGCGUCUCUAAUAAUCCCGAACUUGGUGGGACCCUCCCGGAAAAAACAUGGUCGUCGCCGGCGCUCCAGAACUUUUCAGCUUCGUCUUGCAAUAUCUCCGGCGAAAUCCCCGGAUUCCAGUUCUGUCCAAUUCCAUUUACAUCAAUGGAAAUUACUUCAUUUCUUGGAAACCCAAACCUUUGUGGUGCACCCCUCGUAACCCCAUGCCACAACGGGAAUGGAAUACACACCGGAAUGGAAUUAAGAAGCCGGAAUCACAAAAUAGCUUGGGUACUUAUACUAAGUGCAAUAGUAGUUGUACUCUUGGCUUCCCUUUUCGGGAUCAUUUACUACCGAAAACAAAACGUAAACCGGAACUGGAAUCUCGAUUCCUUCGGUGGAUUACCAAAUCUCACGGCUUCCGAUGUUUUAAAAAGUUUUGAUUCCAUUGAAGCGAUGGAAUCCCCACAUUCAUCUAAUUCCGUUUGCAAAGCGGUUUUGCUAACCGGGAUGACUGUAAUAGUGAGGAAAAUCGAAUGGGGGGCGAAAAGUUCGAAUCUUUUGAUGGAUUUUGUGAACCGAAUCGGGAAUGCAAGACAUAAGAAUGUGAUCCGGUUGUUGGGUUUUUGUUAUGAUAAGAAUCUUGGGUAUUUGUUGUAUGAGUAUUUGCCUAAUGGGAAUCUUGAUGAAAAGAUUGGAAUCAAGAGAGAUUGGGGUUCGAAACAUCGGCUUGUGGUUAAUAUUGCAAAAGGCUUAUGUUUUCUUCACCAUGAUUGUCGUCCGGCUAUUUCUCAUGGAAAUUUGAAGGCAAGUAAUGUUGUUUUUGAUGAAAAUAUGGAGCCGCGUUUGGCCGAAUUCGCAUUCAAAACAAUAUCUGCAAUGGAAUCAGGCGAAUACAACGGUGUCACGGAUCACGAGUUGAAAGACGAUAUAUUUAACUUUGGAGAACUCGUUCUUGAAAUUUUAACAAAUGGAAAACGAAAAAAAUGGGGAAUGAGUGUACAACGGACACCGAAAGAUGUUAUUUUGAAGGAAAUAUAUAAUGAAAAUGAAGUUGGUGCUUCUUCUUCUUCAAAGUCUACUCAAGAGGAAAUAAAGGUUGUUCUUGAAGUUGUUCUUGGAUGCACUACAAGCAAGGUUUCUGAUAGGCCUUCAAUGGAAGAAGUUCUAAAGAUUCUUUCACGAUUGAAAUAAUAAUAAAUCCCAUGAGGAAUUAAAGAUGGAUUGUGUAUUUAAUUAGUGUUUUGCAAGUAGGGUUUUAGUUUAUAAAAAUGUUGAUAUGUGGUUUCUAAAAUGGUUUUGUUUUUUGCUUGUUUUAGAAUGUUAUAUGUUGCGAAUUUAUGGUGUAGAUAAAUUGUUUAUGGUCUCAUUGAUUAAAAAACAUGAAAUAGUAGUUUUUACAGCUUUUCGUGUAUGUUUUGCUUUUUGG